AUGUCUGGAAACAUGGGUAGCCAGUGCCAGGUCAUCGAAUACAUCCAAGAUCGGCUCUACCUCGCGUCCUAUGAUUCUCCGCCCGACCCGAAAUCACCUUUCCCCUUCCCAUUGGAUCAGUCCAAGUCUCCAAGCAAGCGUUCGGCGCGCAACCAGCCCCAGACACCCAGCAAGAAACGGUCUCCGGUCUAUUUUACCGCGGAUGACAGCCUGUUCUAUAACUCCUUCCAUGCGGACUUCGGGCCUCUCCACAUUGGUCACUUAUAUCGGUUCGCCGUUCAUUUCCACGAGAUUCUUGGAGAGCCUGCAAACAAAGAUCGAGCGGUGGUCUUCUACUCAAAGAGCGAUCCACGGAGUCGUGCAAACGCAGCAUGCCUAGUUGCUUGCUACAUGGUCCUCAUCCAAUCUUGGCCGCCACAUCUGGCCCUGGCGCCUAUCGCGCAGGCUGAUCCUCCAUACAUGCCGUUCCGUGAUGCGGGAUAUAGCCAGGCAGAUUUCACAUUAACCAUCCAGGACGUGGUAUACGGAGUUUGGAAAGCGAAGGAACAGUCGCUUUGCAGUCUAAGCAGCUUCAGCCUUGAAGAAUAUGAAAAGUUUGAACGAGUGGACAUGGGCGAUUUCAAUUGGAUCACGCCCGACUUCCUCGCCUUUGCGUCCCCUCAGCACCAGCCCAUCGCCCCAGUGCCUUUCGAUACUCCUGAGUACGAUGCUUUGCCGUCGACAAUCUCCGAGGUCAUUUCAUCCAAACUUCCUCUCCCUUUCAAAAAUGUCCUGGCACAUUUUGCAUCUCGCGACGUUGGGCUCGUCGUGAGAUUAAACUCAGAGCUAUACUCCCCAUCCUACUUCACAGCCUUGGGCAUCAACCACAUUGACAUGAUCUUCGAGGAUGGCACAUGUCCUCCUUUACCGCUUGUCCGACGGUUCAUCAAGAUGGCGCAUGACAUGAUCACAGUCAAGAAAAGAGGUAUCGCAGUGCAUUGUAAGGCUGGUCUCGGGCGCACAGGCUGCUUGAUUGGUGCUUAUCUCAUCUAUCGAUACGGUUUCACUGCGAACGAGAUCAUCGCAUUCAUGAGAUUCAUGCGUCCUGGCAUGGUUGUCGGCCCACAACAACAUUGGCUCCAUCUCAACCAAGGCUCAUUCCGUGAAUGGUGGUUUGAAGAUAGUAUGAAGGAAAAGUUAGCCCAGAUGCAGACAGCACCCGUUACCCCAGGAAGACCAUCUACCAAGCAACGUGCCAACGGCCCCAUCGCAACGCCACCCAACAACAGUCACUCCAAGCGUUCCGCGCUUGGAGAAAUUGAUCAUAACGAGGGCACUGGUACGCACAGUGAAGAGUACCUCCCUGCACCAACCCCCGGACAACCCCGCAAGUCUCACCGAAAGGAUUCUCGCCACCACCCUUACGCCCGCACGACUUCCGGUACCUUGCUUGUUGAGAAGGAGAUGAGCAAGACAGAGCACACCAGGACUCGCAGUUCUCGCCUCAGCAACGAUAGCAGCGAGAGCGAAGAGGAGAUCCAACUCCGUAUGCUGGCCAAGCGUUCAUCCAGGUCCCCUGUCGCAUCGCCAAGCCAGCGAUCAGUCAGCCACUCUGCAACGGUGACUGCAAGCUAUACUUUGACGGACGGUAUUCACGAGGAUCAAGAGAAUUGGGGCGAAGCGGGACAUGCAGUCCCAAAGACUCCUGUCAGCGGCAAGAGUGGAAGUGGGGCAAUGUCUGUCACCAAGGUCCGUUCGAGCCCUCGUCGUGCUACCGACAGCAGAAGUGACUCCAAAGGCGUCCGCAAAAUGAGCGGUCGAAUCGGCAGCGCAGGGAGUCCUUUGCGGGUCAAAUAG